AUACAGACUCACGCAUCAUUCCACAGAAACUGUUACUGGCUAUGCAUGUAAAAUAGAAACAUAAUUUAAUGUGUUCCAUCAGCAAUAUAUUUGAUAUGUUCAUUUAUUUUGUAUACGACAAUUAUACGCCUUAACACAACUGUACCGAACUGAAAUCACGCAUGUACGAUCCUACAACAGAUGCUACAUGUUAUCAGUAUUUCUUUGCUUAAAAAGGAUCAGUAGCCUACUAUGUUUGUCUUGCAGCAAUAAAAUAAAAUAUGGAAACAUUGGCUUCACCAUUCCAUUUCUAUGCUCAAAACAAAACAGACUGACCGGGCGGUUCUGCUGCCAAUUUGCUACUGUCAACAAGCUUUGAAUUCUGCUCUGUUGGUUUGUGUAAGUGUAUGUCUUGCUGAAAAGACAAGUUCAGUGCAUCCCUUCAGACGACGCUCAUCCGGUGAACGCGGACAAGGCCACGAGCCCGCCAGUCACGUGGCUACCUUUAAAAAUGUUUUCAUUCUGCGCCGAGUUCAGCAGACACUUGAAGAUUGUUCCCGUGCUGCCCCUCUCUACGCCGACUACAGAGUUCUUGGAAAGGCCAGGUAGCAACUGCGCGCUAAACCACUGCACGUCAAUGUAACGAAAGUAGAGUUCCCAGUUUUACAGAGGGCCACUGUGGAGUGAGCCAUGACCUCGGAUGGAUGUCUGGACAACACAGAUCCACUGAAGAGGCUCUCCCUGGAAAGUGGCGUUGUGGAAUACAUGGAUUCUAACAAGUGCGUUGAGGAGCUGCUCAAACAGCUGGAGGAGGAACAGCUUCACGUGAGAAGGGAGAAGCUGGCCGCGGCUCGCCUGUGGAGGGAAGUCUUACGGACCAAAGGCGAAGGAACAAUGUGGGAGAAGCUGAUCCAGAAGCUGGAGGAAGAGAGAGCCCUGAGACUGGACAGGGAGAAGCACCUGCAGGAGGUCACGGAGGGGUCGGAGGUCGGCCGAGUGCAGAUGGUAUCGCUGCAGCAGCACUUCUCCAGGAUGGAAGAGACGGUGCGGACGCUGCUGCAGAACCAGGGGGCCCUGGACCCCUCCGCCUUGGAUACUGUGGACCUGAUGAAGGCCUACAAGGACAAGCUCUCCGAGGAGGUGCGUAAGCGGAGGGAGAGCCUGGAGGAGGAGGAGGCGCAGCCGGGGAGCGGCGGCGGCGGAGCGGAGGAGGACCGAGAUAAGGAGACCAAGGCCCUCCUGGAGAGACUGCGGGCCCUGGAGGCGGAAAACUCUGCGCUGGCGAUGGAGAACGAGAGCCAGAGGGAGCAGUACGAACGGUGCCUGGACGAGGUUGCUAAUCAGGUUGUGCAGGCCCUGCUUACUCAAAAGGACCUGAGGGAGGAGUGUCUGAAACUGCGUACCCGGGUGUUCGACCUGGAGCAGCAGAACAGGACUCUGAGCGUCCUGUUCCAGCAGCGGGUGCGACCGGCCUCCGACCUCCUCCUCCAGAAACUCCACUCCCGGAUCAUGGGUCUCUCUGCAGGGGACCUGAUCCUGGAUCCAGAGAAGAGUAAAAAUUUCCUGCUGUCCCGUAACUCUGACUCGCCCCCUCAGGACGCCCAGCUGAACGGGAAGGCGGGGGUCCCCGUGGGGAGGUUCCCCAGCCAGCUGAGUCUGACGGUCCCGGCGGCGGGGGGCGGGGGAGGCUACCCCCGGAGCAGCUGCAGCAGCAGCGAGCUGUCCCUGUCCAGCGCCUGCAGCGACUUCUCCAGCGGCUCCCACACCUGGAACGAGGGCCGGUCCAGCGGCAGACUGUCGUCUUUGAACUGGGAGAAAAGAUCAAGCCUGGGCUCAUCGGCACCCAGCAAUAUUUGUGGCCCCGCUGAGGAACAGCUCCCUGCCCGGAAGAAGGAAUGCCACAUUCUGGAGGGGUUGAGGAGGCUCCAGAGGCGCAAGCCCAAAGGCUCUUCCAGAUCCGGAGACUCUAAAUCGGGCUACAAGGACUGCAUGAACUCCAACGAAGGGAUCUAUUCCCUGGGGACCAAAUGUCGGAGCCAAACGGCACCCAAACCUUCCUCAGCGGACAAGACCGCCGGACUGUGGGCUGGGGACAAGGGGUUUGUUUACGACUCCGACGAUGCCGAUGAUGAAUUUCCCCGCCCUUGCAGCACAGACCGCUGGGUACCGAGCCACGGGAAGUCAGAUGGCCUCUGCGGCCCAAUGGAGAAGCUCAACGCUGGAGUGGGGGCUGCUUCUCCGAAGCGCCCAGCCGUCACUGGCUACGACUCCAAGGAGCGGCCUGAGAAGCUCACGAGCUUCCUCAGCGGCUUCUUCUUCUCCGGUGGGAGAGCCCGCACCACCGCCAACCCUUCCCUGCUGCCGUGUGAGGUGAGCCACGUAGAGGCCAGCCUCUCUCAUCCCCACCACUCGGACUCGGAUGAGCCCGGGGACCUGGAGAGUAGCAGCGGGCGGUUAGCCUCCCAGCCAGGAAGGGACCCCAGGCGACUCUCCAGGGGGUUUGAGGAAAAGCUAGCGCCCCGAUGCUUGAGGAAGGACCACAACCGAGCGCAGUCUGCGGACAGUAGGCCGAGGCCCCUUAGCCUCAUCGAUCGGCCCAAGGUAUCCAAGAGUGCGCAGUCCGAGGAAUGUCUCGCCAUGGCCUUCAACAGGGAGCAGCCUGUUGAGUAUGGCUCACAGCAUCUUGCAGUCAUGGGUCAAAAUGCGAUCCCAAGACGCCGACCUCAAAGUGCAUGUAUCAGUGAGUACACCCAGCUCGUAUCUCAGGGGAGGCCUACCUGUCAGAGGGGAGGCGAUGUGAGGAAUUACAUCGUCUUAGAGUCACCGGAGAAGCCCGUUGAGCUUCAUUCCCCUAGAAUGGGGAGGAAAAGUAUUUUGCACCAGAGUGAGGACUCACAGCAGCAAAAACCCACAAGGUCCCCCAACAACCGCGCUCAGAAAGGUCACUCCGUCCCUCCCAUGGUGAAUGGUGCUUCCGGCCCGAAGGCUAACUUAACUAAGAUCCCUGGCCGAAGCAGGGAAUCUCCCCUCAAGGUGUCCACCGAAUCAGGCGGCGGUGCUUCCGUCGCUCCCCCGAGCCAGGAGCGGUCCCCCUCCUCCCCGCCGGUCAAAUUGUCCAAGUUUGGCAGACCCCCUGGGUGUGGUUACUCUGCUCAGAGCCCCCGAGCGGCUCACCCAAGCUCCAAGCUUCCAUGCAGGACUGAAUGGGGAAAAGGUCCCACCUCCAGCAUCCCAGGCUCUCCACUCCUGACUAGGAGGCACUUGGAGCCCAUGGACUGUGGCGAGCUGCCCACCCAUGAUGUUGGGCAACAACUUGAACUCAGGUCCCCUUCUCCACCGCCCCCUCCUGGUCGCUCUACCUCCCUACUGAUCAGACCAAACUAUGAAGGCACACCUCAAGCACUAAGACCUGGGUUUCACCAAAACACACCCAGCACUGUGAGGGUAGCCCCUCAUGGCUCCCAAACACACCCUCAUGCUUCACCAUCUGUGCUUAACGGACAACAUCCUGGCACUCAUAAGAGCCAAGACACUGCCCUCUGGGAUGCAAGUUAUAACACAGAGGCUGUACCUCAGAGGUUAGUGGAAGGUCCUAGCCACCCCUUUCAAAAAUCUCCCGUUUCUUGUCGGACCCCCUUGAGGGGAUCACCAAAAAAGGUCACUGCAAAGCUCUACCCCUCAUCAGCUUCAGGACAUGCUCCAGAUCUUCACGAUACCAUAUCCAAAGGUUCAAAAAACAGUCUUCAGAAAGGGCAGUCACUGCAGAACACAAAUUGUGGCAAGAAAGGGCAGCUUCCUGAGAAUGGAUACCCCCAGUUGUAUAAGACCUCAGGCAGCUUGCCCAUCUCUCUGCAGGGUCACUCUCCAGACGUUAUAGGGUCCUGCGGGUCUGCUUUUCUGCCUUCCCAAGCAAUGUCAGACCCCGCAGUACUGGGGCUCAGUCCUCAGAACUCAGCAGAAAGGGUCACCAAAACACGCAUUCCUCUUGGCAUGAAAGCCUUGGUGAAAUCACCUGCUGUGUUGAGGGAAAGCUCCUCUGUAUCAGAGCAGCAAGAUAAAGACCACACCAACAGCACCUCCAAAGGGCCAGCGGCUACAUCCAGCACUUUCAGUCUGCGGUUGAGACCUGAAAUCCGCUGCAGCUCGAUGGAUGGAGAGCUGCUCCCUCCAGUGGUGGCCGAGGACGGUUCGCUCUGUGAAGAGAUGGACGCAGAAGGCAGGCUGUUCAAGCGAUCCAUCUCCGUCUCAACCAAGCCCCACUUAAAGCCGGCGCUGGGGAUGAAUGGAGCCAAAGCUCGCAGCCAGAGCUUUAGCACCCACUACAUGCAGAAACCCUGCAUCGGAACGUCAGAGGGAGCGGGGAAGGUUCGCACCCACAUCAUAACAAACACGGGCGAUCGAGGGAGCUCCUUGACCAGGCAGAGCUCCCUCGGAGACGGCUUCCAGCCCAGGUCCGCGGGCGGGUCUCGAGAGAGCCUUCCCCAGUGCGCUGUCAACACCCGCCAGGGCCCUCACGGGUGCAUGACUGGCUCCAGCAGCAAUCACGGCCUACCGGGCAAAAGCGCCGCCAGGGCCAGCGCUCAGAAGGAGGUCCGCAGUCUGCCUCUCAUCGACAGGUUUGGUCCCAGGAGCUCUAGACGGCCAGCAAAAGUGGCGUCACACCCUCAGUUUGACUCAGAAUCCUUCCCCGUCUACAACCCUGAACUGAAAGUGGAGGGUGUCGGGACAAGACUGCCCGCAACAAAUAAAUUUGACCUGGCGAGGAGCAUCUCAAAACAACAGGCUGGUGGCGGCGGCGGCAAAGGGCUUGAAGAGCCUGAGAAACUUGUGAGCCCCUCCACCACCUGCACCAUUGAGGAGAAGGUGAUGAUGGGCAUCCAGGAAAAUGUACAGAGAGGCCAGGAGCUGAGCAAGUCCCAGGCUUCUGAAGCUAAGCACAGGACUGGCUCGUCCAUUGCUAACUGGUUUGGCUUCCGCAAAAGCAAGCUUCCAGCCCUGGGGGGCAAGAAAAAUGAUGCCCCUAAAGGAAAAGAGGAGAAAAAAGAGAGCAAAGAGGAGAAGAAAGAGAGCAAGAUUGGCUCAGUGCUGGGAGGCAGGCAGACAAAGCCUGACAAAGCAAAGGAUAAGACGAAAAAUGAAAUGCAUUACAGGGACAGUCACGAUCAAGCGAUAACAGAAAACAGGGAUAAACUAGACUCAAUAAUGGAUCAGUGCCAUUUCCAGAUGGGACAACAUACAAAUCAGAUCCAGCAUUCUGUGAGCUACAUGGGCAAGGAGCAGUUUAUGAAGGAGAUUCUAAUCAGGAGUGUAACUAAGGGCAGUUCCCAUGGUGCAUCUCUCCCAGGCAUCCCCAACAGUCCCCAGGGCAUUUCCAUUGAAAAGAGAGGAAUGGGGGAAGAUAUCGAGAUUCAUGUUGAUGCCAAGACCAAGAGUGUGACCCAGAAGAUCAACCUCAGGGGUGAGGCUGAAGCAGACCUCGAACCGGAACCAAACUGUCAAGACCACAUGAUCGGCUCCAGCUGCCAGACCCGAACUUUGGAUAGCGGGAUAGGGACGUUCCCCCUACCUGACUCCGUUGCCCGGGCAACUGGGCGACAGCUCCCCAAAUCCGCAUCCAGCCCCGGGCAGGCUCUUGCCGCACCGGCUGAGCCUGCCAAAGACCCAACUUCAACUUCACCACCCAAGCCACAAGUGCCUUCCAAGUCCAGCCAUGAGACCCCACACGAUGCCAGCCACGCCCUGCCAGACUGCGCCGAAUCCAGCAGAGAUGUGCGUGACCUACAGACCCACCUGGCUAAACCAACCACCUCAGGUGUGAUGAAAGGUCAGAGGUUAAGCAAGAGUGAAUACAGGACAAGCCCUGCCCAGAGCCCAGAGGAUCAUGGGAAGGAGAAGGUGAAGAGGAAGAACAGCAAUCAGAGCCCGCCCACAGACGGGACGCUUCGAUUUAGCGCGUACUCGGGGAGCAGCGGCAGCGGCGGGGAAACGGACGGCGAGUUGGACCCGGCGUCCGCGGCGGUGUGCCUCGGCCGCGAUGCGUCGCUCAGCGAAACCGGGAGAACGAGACGAGCAUAUCAGGAGGAGGAGGAGGAGCUCCGGAAGGGCAGUGUGCAAAACCACCUGUCAAUCAUGGAGUACUACCAACAGGAAGUGCUCAUCCACUACAGGAGGGAGGAGCAAAGGGAGGCUGAUCAGUACAGCUCCACAGACAGAGAGAGGAAACCCCAGCAGAAGAAGAACAAAAUGGCCGACUCGACGGGCGAGGAGAGCCAGCUCAUCUUCCCGGGCGUCUCCCUGGAGUCGCUCAACGCGCUCAACAGCAACGGCGGGCCGCGCCCGGAGACGGAGCGGAAGAGCGGCCCGGACGAGGCGGCGGGAAGAGGGCGGGAACGCCGGACCGAGGAGCCCUCGUCCGGCUGCUCGGACCAGCCCGGGGCGGACAGCCUGGGGUCGCUGAGCGACUCGCUCUACGACAGCUUCUCCUCCUGCACCAGCCAGGGCUCCAGUGAGGUUUAGACGCGCCGAGUCUCUGCGUCCGUCGCGGUUUGUCUUCGGACUACCAAGCACUUGCAGUAAACAAAAUUUUUUUUU